AACUUUCAGAAAAAAAUAUCAAUCCAAGUAAGCAUAUACUCUACCAGGGGGAAGUAAAUCAACAAGAUCAAGAAACCCAGAACCAUAAAAAAGAAAAAAAGGAAAAAAAUAAUGGUUGCAAUAACAGCAGCAACAUCAUCACAGCUCCUGUUCUCAAGCUCUCGUUCCAUCUCUAGUCUCUCUCCUUUCCAACUAUGUGUUUUUGACUCCAAAACCCUCCUCUCAUCCCCUGCCAACGCCGGUAGCAUUGUUAAGAAGAGGCAUGUUUCAGGCGGCGUUAGGUGCAUGGCUGUGGAUACAGCAUCGGAGGCGGAGACCAAGAAGAAAGGUGGGUUUGAGAUUCAGACGCUGACCAACUGGUUGUUGAAGCAGGAGCUAGCAGGAGUGAUUGAUGCAGAGCUGACCAUCGUGAUUUCUAGCAUUUCUAUUGCUUGUAAGCAGAUUGCUUCCCUCGUGCAGAGAGCUGGCAUUUCUAACUUGACUGGAGUUCAGGGUGCUGUCAAUGUUCAGGGCGAGGACCAGAAGAAACUCGAUGUCGUCUCAAAUGAGGUGUUCUCAAACUGCUUAAGAUCAAGUGGAAGAACAGGGAUUAUAGCAUCAGAGGAAGAGGAUGUACCAGUGGCAGUAGAGGAGAGUUACUCUGGAAACUAUAUUGUGGUUUUUGAUCCACUUGAUGGAUCUUCCAACAUUAAUGCUGCUGUCUCCACUGGAUCCAUCUUUGGGAUAUACAGCCCUAAUGAUGAAUGCCUGGCAGAUAUCGGUGAUGAUUCCAAUCUUGAUCAAACCAAACAAAGGUGUGUUGUGAACGUGUGCCAGCCAGGUAGCAACCUCUUAGCAGCUGGAUAUUGCAUGUACUCGAGCUCUGUAAUCUUCGUGCUCACAUUAGGGAAAGGAGUAUUUGCAUUCACCUUGGACCCUAUGUAUGGAGAAUUUGUGUUGACUCAGGAAAACAUUCAGAUACCUAAAGCUGGAAAAAUAUAUGCAUUCAAUGAAGGGAACUACCAGCUGUGGGAUGACAAGUUGAAGAAGUAUAUGGAUGACCUUAAAGACCCAGGUCCAAGUGGAAAGCCUUACUCUGCAAGAUACAUUGGCAGCUUGGUUGGGGACUUCCAUCGAACUCUGCUAUAUGGUGGCAUCUAUGGUUACCCUAGAGACAAGAAGAGCAAAAAUGGGAAGCUGAGGCUUUUGUAUGAGUGUGCACCGAUGAGCUUUAUAGUGGAACAAGCUGGAGGAAAAGGAUCUGAUGGGCACCAGAGAAUCCUUGAUAUCCAACCAGUUGAGAUACACCAAAGGGUGCCACUAUACAUUGGAAGCCAGGAAGAGGUGGAGAAAGUGGAGAAGUAUUUAGCUUGAUUCUGCUGCAUGAGCAAUGAGAGUAUUUUUGUUUGUUGAAAUGAAGAAAUACAAUUAAUUGCAAUUGGAAAAAGGAAGGAAAAAAUUCAGAUCCCAACUACUUCUUCUACAAUGUUUCCUGUUAUGGUCAUUUGGUAACAACAUUUUUGAGAGAAGAAACACUAUCAAAAAGAAUCUACAAUACUAUGUCAUCAAAAUACGUGGUACAUUUAUCAUUAACCAAAGAGGCAAAGAAAGCAGGACUAUAAGGAAUUACAUAUCUCAACAAGUGUUUGUUCAUUGUUGGUUCUUAAGCAUGACAGACUGCUGUCUCUUAUGCCUUUUUUUUUUAUCAGCCCGUGUCUUAUGCCUAUUGUCAACUAAAGUUAUUACAUAUAAAAGUUAGGCUAUCUUAAAGACAUUGGUUUCAAAAGUGAUUAAUCAAAAGAAUAUGAGUGG